AUGCACACAUCUGUUCCUGGGUUUUCUUCUUUUGUGGAUCUCUAUGUGACCGAUCCUUUCUUCGCUAAAGUCUAUGUUGAGGUUACAGCUGGUGCACGUGAUGAUUUUUUCCUCUCGGAUGGAUUUCUUUUUCGUGGUUUUCAAUUGUGCUUACCAGACUGCAGCUUGCGAUUACGUGUGAUUGAAGAACUCCACUCUGAAGGACAUGUGGGACGUGAUAGAACAUUGCAGCUAGUAUCGUCCUCUUAUUAUUGGCCAUCGUUACGGAGAGACGUAGAGCGAUUUGUGGAACGUUGUCGUCCGUGUCAGUUGGCGAAGGGUCAAGCUACCAACGCAGGCCUCUAUCUCCCAUUAGCUAUUCCUACACAACCGUGGACUGACGUAAGUAUGGAUUUUGUUCUUGGACUCCCGCGCACACAACGAGGUAAUGACUCCAUUUUUGUUGUUGUCGAUCGCUUUUCCAAGAUGGUGCAUUUUAUUCUUUGCAAAAGGACGACGGAUGCCUUUAAAGUAGCACAAUUGUUCUUUCAAGAGAUAUACCGCCUCCAUGGGUUGCCUACUUCUAUUGUCUCUGAUCGAGAUACUUGCUUUUUGAGUCACUUUUGGCGUUUCUUGUGGAAGAUGCUCAAUACGAAGCUUGAUAUGAGCACUGCAUAUCACCCACAAACCGAUGGCCAGACGGAGGUGACAAAUCGUUCUCUUGGAAACAUGUUACAAAGCCUUGUUGGUGAGAACAUUCGAGCUUGGGAAACUCGUUUAUGUCAAGCAGAAAUUGCUCAUAAUCAUGCUACCAAUAGAAGCUCCGGUUUUAGUCCUUUUCAGGUCGUCUACAACAUUGUGCCGCGAGGACCAUUGGACUUGACUACUAUGCCUGAUCCAUCUCGUCUUCAUGGUCAAGCUUCAGAUUUUGUAGAUGCUUUAAAGGCUACGCAUGAACAGGUGUCUACCAAUCUUUCUCAUUCGGCCGAGAAAUAUAAGUCCAGAGCUGAUUCUCGACGACGUGAAGUGAUAUUCGAACCAGGUGAUCUAGUUUGGGUGGUACUGACUAAGGAUUGCAUGCCUUUGCAUGAAUAUAACAAGCUCCGUUCACGUAAGAUUGGUCCUAUUCAAGUAGUGGAGCGCAUCAAUAAUAACGCGUACCGUCUUUAG